GGACCGGAAGCUGUGUUGUUUACAUUUUCUAAGAUGGCGGCGGGGAUGUAUUUGGAGCAUUAUUUGGACAGCAUCGAAAACUUGCCCUUCGAGUUGCAGAGAAACUUCAAUCUGAUGAGGGAUCUAGAUCAGCGCACAGAGGACCUAAAGGGACAGAUAGACUCUCUGGCUAAAGACUACACGGCCAACGCGCGGACUCUAUCCUCUGAACAGAAGCUGUCCAUACUGAGGCAGAUUCAGCAGUCUUACAGUAAAUGCAAAGAAUUUGGAGAUGAUAAAGUGCAACUAGCCAUGCAGACCUACGAGAUGGUCGACAAACACAUCCGACGUCUUGACACGGACCUCGCUCGGUUUGAGGCCGACCUGAAGGAAAAGCAGAUCGAGAGCACGGACUAUGAUUCCACCUCCAGCAAGGGGAAGAAAGUUGAAACCAGGCAGAAGGAGAAGAAGACGGCUAAAACAAGAUCUAAAGUGAAGAGCUCAGAUGAAGAUGGAAGUCCUAAGAGCGCACAGAAGAAAGUCAAACUCCUCCAACCAGGAGAAUUCAACAGCCCUGCCACCAACUUUGGGAACGUGCACCCAUCCGAUGUGCUGGACAUGCCUGUGGACCCCAACGAGCCCACCUACUGUCUGUGUCAUCAGGUCUCUUACGGCGAGAUGAUCGGCUGCGACAACACUGAUUGCUCCAUUGAGUGGUUUCAUUUUGCAUGCGUGGGCCUGACGACCAAACCAAGAGGCAAAUGGUAUUGUCCACGAUGCUCUCAAGACAGAAAGAGGAAAUAAAAACACCUGAAAAAACAUGGACACAGAUCAGAUGGAAAAUGAGAAGAACAUUUCUUCACUAGUUUCUAGGAUUUAUGUUUCUCAUCCUCCUUAACAUACAUUUGGUGCAUUUUCUUUUGGUUUAUGUAAUUUGCCUUGGUCUGAUGCGGUGUGUGUGUGACAGAGCCAGGUGGUUACAAAUGUAUUUAAUAUUUGUUUUUUUAAACGGUUA